AUGACUUAUUAUUAUGUCAUAUAUUACGAUAUGCUUACUUCGUCCUCGGUUCCCACUAUCGUCGUAGACAGUGUGGCCGUUUCAUCGACCCGCGUUGACCACCAGACCGAUGUGCGCCCAUGCACUCAGACGUACAAUAACUCCAAAGAGGGCGUCGUAUGCUAUGGAAUGAUUCUUGACCGUCAAGUGUUCACAUGCCCAGAAGCCGCUCUGGCUUACCCACAUAGCCAAAAUGUCAUUCACUUUUAUCUUCCUCAAAGCCUACGCUGCUACGCGACUGGAAACAUACUGGGGCGACUUAGCCAAUUCGAUGGGGAUGUUCUGUCAAGGCUAGUGAAAGAUCGGGAGUUCAGAUUGCAGCUCACCUACCAUUCAUUGCCAGCGUUUAGUAAACCGGGUAGGCGUGCGCAAUUAGGCCUUAUUGGCCACUUGGAGACUAUCAUAUACGGUCCUCGAAAUCGAUUGGGUCACCUCGGCGACUAUAUUACCCAAUGUGGAUUGUUCCUAGAAGAUCCCAUAGGAUGUGACGAGAACGUGCCGUGUUUGAACCCACAAUGUCUGUUCAGCUUGCACGAGCAGCCACCUAUGACUUUCGAGCUGUGUUGCGUUUACGGCACAAGACAGUACGCUUUCGAGCGGACAUCAUCUGAUGUACUAGCCGAGUUUGAGACCACUGACCAUCUUGAAGAAACUGAGAAGCCCACGGCAAUAUCUACAGAUCUAAAGAGUCAUCAGCGUCAGGCUCCAACGUUCUUGCAAAGGCGCGAGCGAGGAUUGCAUCCUAGCAAAAAUGAGGUCGGUAUUUGGUCUGGUGAGAUCACACGUGGCAACAAGACCUAUGUGAACAUCUUGACGGGAGAGACGCAACGGGACCCGCGGCCGGACUGGAGGGGUGGUAUCUUGGCAGAUGAAAUGGGGCUUGGGAAGACCUUGAGCGUAAUAGCUUUGGUUGCUGCUGACCGAGAUGCUCAGCUCACUGCCAGUAACCAAAGGUUACAAUUCGGUACCUUGAUGAUUGGCGCUGAUAUUCGCAGUCACACCAUUGAAGGCAAAUUCACAUGGAUUGUUUAUCAUGGUAAAUCGCGACUUCGGACCAUAGAUACCUUAAGCUCAUAUGAUAUUGUCUUUACUACAUAUCAAACUAUGGAGCGGGAAAAUCGGAGCGGAAAGAAUAAGGCUGGCUCUUUAUUUUCAUAUUGUUGGAAACGUAUCGUUUUGGAUGAAGCACAUAUCAUUCGAAAUCACGCAACAGCAACUGCACGAGCGGCGGCCGCACUUCAAGCGACUUCGAGAUGGGCAAUCACAGGUACGCCUAUGCAAAAUAAUUUGACGGACCUCCUUAGACUCUUUGCGUUUCUCCAUUUCACGCCAUAUGAAGAACCAAGAGCUUUCGACAAUGAUACUACAGAUCUUUGGCGGUCUAGACCUCACGUGGAAGCCGUAGAGUCGUUCCAAAGGCUUCUUUCAUGCAUCAUGAUUCGUCGGACAACGUCGAUCCUGGGUCUCCCUGUCAGACAAGACAAGAUCGUAGUAUCGACAUUCGACCGUGACGAAGAAAAAUGUUACCACCAGAUUGAACAAUCUUUCGUGCAUCUGUUGGACGAAAAGGCCGAACAAGAAUCUGGAAUCGACGCAAGACAAACAGCGCUGGCCGUCCGUCUCUCUAUUGGCGGAGAUGCAUGUGCUCAGUGCCUGCAACCUUUCGAAACUUCUUUGAAUGGAGAUGAACUCGAAAGCUCACCGGCUUCCAGCGUUUACAACUCGGCCUGCGAGUUGCUAUUUUGCGUUACCUGUUCCAUCACUCUUCAAUAUCAAGCGCCAGCACCAUGCGCAUGCACUGAAAAUCGCGCAAUCUGUCCGCUUCUUCCCCUAUUGCCUGCUUAUACUCACGGAGAAAACCAUAACAUCUACGGGGAGCCUCUCUCAGUAUCAGAUGGAUACAGACACAAUGUAAUAUUCUCCGCAUGGACCUCUAGUCUCGAUAUGGUUGAACGAGGACUCGAUAGAAUAGGUGUCGGCUUCGUCCGCAUUGAUGGUAAAGUCGCGACCAAGAGGCGAGGACCUAUUAUAGAGCGGUUCCGCAAUCAGACUUCCGUGCGUGUCAUCCUCAAGACCAUUUCAUGUGGGGCUUUGGGCCGCGUCCUAAGUGCACCUCCUUGA